AUGGAUUCCGUGUCGAUGGGAAUGGGAGGUAUGGGUCGACGGGUGGGUGCAGUGGUGGCACAACAGGAGUACUUACUUCAGGGCAGCAUUUUAGACGACUCUUGUGAACAACUUCUGCACAAAUUGCGGGGUUUUUGCGACAAUUGUGACUCAAGUCCGGAGACAUUUCAAGACCACGAGAUGGUGUUCACCAUACGGGCGCCCAACGGAUCCAACACCUCCCUCCGCGUGCGCAAGUCCAUGGAUGUCCUCCAAAACCCAUACCAUUUGCGAUAUUUGGGUCAACAGGAGUUGGGCGACAAGAAUAGGGCCACAAUUGUCCGCAAUUGCAUCGAUUGCAGCACUUCUUCGGACUGCGUGUCGUUCCUCCAGGAAAUGGGUUUC